UGAAACAUAUAUAUGAUGACAUGUUUGAAGCACAACAAAUCGUAUCGGAGACAAAUAGAUACAGCGAAGUGAGUUCCUCCUCCACUAUAGCUUUGUCUUCGCUACCGAUAUCGCCAUUCUCUAUCAAUAAUAUCAAUUCAUCUUCAGUAUCAUCUUCGAAUGCAUCCGGUGAAUGUGGAAUUGUGAUUGUCGAUAAUAGUUCAGCUCCAGAAAUCGUAUCAAAAGUAAAUACGAAUCAAUUACAGGAACAAUCAGAGUCAACUUCAUUCAUAGCUAACAGAUGCUCACUUAGAAUGUCUAGCCAUGCCGCUGUAAAUGCUACUACUCCAAAAAUGCUUAAUGAUAUUAACAUGACAGAUUCAAUUCAUAAAAUCAAUCAGACUAGCAGCCAUACCCAAAUAAUUGAACAACAACAUAAAGUGGUGCAUCCGAUUCCGCUAUCCGAAGAUCCGCGCACAUUGCAAUUGGCAUUGGAAUUGUCUCUGGUUGGCUUGAAUGAGAACAAUCAAAACAGCUACGCCGCAAUCCAGCCAAUUCCCGCACAAAAUGACUACGACAUUGGCUCCAUUAAUGUUGUAUCUGCCGCUUUCGCUAGGAGCGAGGUGCCAAUGUGCCAUAAUCUGCCGCUGCCACCGACGAACGGAUCUGGACUUUUGAUGCCCUCCGCCGGCUUGGAAGACAGAUCAAAGAAGUCUCAAAAUAUGACCGAAUGUGUCCCAGUUCCCAGCUCAGAACAUGUUGCUGAAAUCGUGGGACGCCAAGGAUGCAAAAUUAAGGCUUUGAGAGCGAAGACAAACACGUACAUCAAGACUCCGGUUCGCGGCGAGGAGCCCGUAUUUGUUGUAACAGGACGAAAAGAGGAUGUGAACAAGGCCAAACGGGAAAUACUUUCAGCUGCUGAUCACUUUAGCUUAAUUCGGGCAUCCCGAAAGCCCUCAAUUGAAGGAUCGAAUAGUGGAAUAUCUGGAAAUGGUAAUUCGGGUUGUAAUUCAUUAAGCGUGGGCAUAAUUGCACGGGCGCAGUCUGGGCCACCGUGUCUACCCGGGCAGAUCACAAUACAGGUGCGUGUACCUUAUAGAGUUGUGGGUCUAGUAGUUGGUCCCAAAGGUGCCACCAUAAAGCAUAUACAACAAGAAACACAAACAUACAUAGUCACACCGUCUCGCGAGAAGGAGCCCAUUUUCGAGGUAACCGGACUGCCAGAGAAUGUUGAAACCGCACGCAAGCAAAUUGAGGCUCACAUAGCACUUCGAACGGGUAAUAGUACCCAAGGCAGUGAGAAUGGUACUGCUGAAUCAUUAGAAUCGAACGAGUUUGCCACUCUGCAUACGAUUAAUACGCUCACUCAGAUACUAAAUGACGAUUUAAACACUAAUAUAUUGUCAUCGAUCUAUAAGAGCGAUAUAUCCCCGAAUGUUAAUUACGCAGAUAAUGCUGCACUUAACGUAAUUGACACUAUCAACAUUUCCAAUUCGACAACAACAAAUGCUAUGAUGAAUGCCGCCGUAUCAGUUCAUAAUUUAACUAAAUGUUUCCCCAAUUCUGAUCUAGUAGAUAUCGCCCCAAUUGUUAGCACAACGGACAAGAAUUUCGCGCUGGCUGAGAUUACGGGUCAACCCUUGAAAACGAAUACGUUCCGCAAUACCAAUUCGAAUACCAAUGCCAGUGCCAAUACUAAUGCUAAUACCAAUGCCAUUGCCAAUGCCAAUGUCAAUGGGAGCAAUAAAACUUUAUCCUUCUGUCCACCCACGUCCGUAUCAUCAUCAGGCUCUGCCCAGUGCCAUUCAAUCUCUGCUAACAUAUUGACGCGCUCAUGCUCAUCAGCCUCCUCGACAGCAUCAACCAAAAGCACAAAUAAUAGCGCCAAUAGUACUAACAGCGUUAAUACUCCCCCAGAGCUGUUGAAUAUAUGGAAAAAUUUGAAUGAUUCCAUUGACGUUGAUGAGGGUAUUGGAGACUCUCCAAGCAUUUGGAAUCUGCCGUCGUCAGCUACAACAGUCACGACGGCAUCCCAUUGCUCUCCAACGGCUUCGGUUAGUCCAACGGACUCGCUUUUGGCUGAACACUGCCUGAACAUAAGUCAAAAAGUUGGCAGCAACACCUUCAAGGAACCGUGCCCAAAUAGUAGCUUACUAUUGCAACAUCAACGCAACACGGUCCAGAGUAGCUCGGACAAAUUGCAUUCAACGCAUCGCGAAUGUUUUGUGUGCAACGAGAGAGAAGUGACCACAGCUCUAGUUCCUUGUGGGCACAAUAUGUUUUGUAUGGACUGUGCAAACCAGAUCUGUGUCUCCAUGGAAUCAAUUUGUCCAAUAUGCCACUCCAUUGUGUACCAUGCCAUGCGUAUUUUAGCCUAAACCAAUCACCAAAAUACUGAUAUUAUUUAUAUGUUUAUUGGUUUUUAUGAGAAACACUUAUAAUCUCCUCUCCAUUAUAUUAUAUUAAUAUUUAUAUACAUGCACAAACAUUCUAUUCUGGUAUUCCCUGCAUAAAUCCAAUUUUCUUUUAUCUCGUCUAUAUUACAUUCGGUAACCUAAUUUGGGGAUAAGUGAAAUUAGACGUGUAAUAAAUAGGCCAAAGAAAGCAAAUAACCCUUAAUUGAACAACAAUUAAAUCACAAUUAAUCAGGUUUCUUCGAGGUACCGAAGAUUAAAUACCCUUAGAGACUUACAACAUAAGGAUCUGACGAUCUGAUCUGAAACAAAGAACUCAAUUUUCGACCAAAUAUUGAUUUGGUAGUAAUAUAGUAUGAUACUUAUGAUAGUUCGAUAUCGAUAAAAACUAUUGCAAAUUAUUCAAAACCAACAGCAACAUUGUUUGUCAUAUAAAUCAUAGUAUUCGACCGAUUUUUUCUAAGGCAUCUAUUUAACAGUGUUUCAAAUCUUAAAGGCUUGUAGGGAUAGAAACAGACUGACGGGCUGACAGAUUCCCCUUCCGAUCCUAAUUAAUAAUAUAUAUAUAUAAUAGAGUUGAAGUUAUUAAAAACAAUUAUUUUCUGUGUCCAAAUCUUCAUUAUACUUAUAUGUAUAUACAUAUAUAUAUAUGUGUUUGAGUGUAUGUGUUAGUGUGUGUAUGUAUGUAUAUGUGUGUGGGUGUGUGUGUGUUAAUGUAUGCAUUUAUAUAUAUAUAUGUAUGCAUGCAUGUUUGUUUUCAAUCAGGCCAAUCUUAUUUGUCGCUGUGCUGCAAAUUUAAAUAAAACGAACUUCUAUGAAGUGCUCUACUCCUCGAUUCUCAAGAAUUCAAGUAGGCCCUGCAGUUU